AGGUUACAAUCUCUGUGCUCUGGAACGCCCGCUAUGACUAGGGACUGGGACCUGCCCAGUUUAUUUUGACGUCUCCUGGGGAAAGGAAGUGGCUUGCAGCAGUUGACAUUCGUAGUACGUUUGAGCGACCGGACGUGGUUGGAGUUGUUCCGCGGAAGCAACAACAGCAAUGAAAACGAAUUUGUAGCCACACUAUGUUGCACUGGCCUGUAGCCUUUAUUGAAUAUCUCAGCAACUGUGUUGCAAGUGAAUGUAGCGGACUAGGAAGUAGGAACGUGGGCCUGAAGAAAAUGCCGUCCUCCUGGCUAAUGUACAUAUUUUUAUAUGUCUUGGUCUGUGAUGGAGUUGUAGCACAAGUGGAAAAUCAGGUGGUUUUCCUGUUCAACACCUUUCAGAACGUGAAUGUGAAUGAGAACGAGACCGUGCAGGCUGUGGUCUCCAGAAUCCCCCUUGACGUGGCCUUUAUCACCCUCCAGUUCCACACACAGCACAGCAAUGCUACGCUGUCCUACACCAGGAUGCCAGAGCUUGGCCUCUCUCUAACAGCAGUGGACUCAGGCCUUCUCUCACCCCUGAUCCCCGGUCAGACCAAGCUCUCCUGGUUCCUGCUGGCCCCUGAUGGGGACUCUGUGGCCGGCACUGGGGUCAUCCUCCCCUACACCAGCUCUGACCCAGUCCCUGGAGCUUGUAAUCUGGAGUUUGGCCUGGACAUUGACCCAAAUAUCUAUCUCCACUACAACAUUUUUGAGACUACUAUCCGCUUUGCACCUGCAAAUAUUGGAUAUUCAAGGGGCUCCAAUCCGCCCGCCUGUGACACUGAAGAAGGUGAAAACACUCGAUGGCGCCUGAGGUAUGACAUCUACCAGUACUUCCUGCCUGAGAGCGACCUAUCAGAGCAGAGCCUCAUCACCAGCAUCCAGAGUGUGGCCAAUGUGCAGACCAUGAAAGAGCAUGGGAAAAGGGUCAUGACACUAUCAUCCAAUGAUAAGACAGAGGUAGUGUUUAGCUCCAUCCCGGGCCAGGGUGUCAUCUACUCUGUCAUAGUCAGAGACCCAGUGCUUAACACCUCUUCCUUGUAUAUCCCUGUCCACACCUACGCAUGCAGCUUCUCCUCCACCCUAGAUGGCUGCGACACUCUGGGGAAGAUAUCCACAAGGAUCUUCUUCACCAUCGCUGGUUUAGCUGGCCUCUUCGUAUGCUUCUUUGGGCACCGCUUUUUCAAAUGUGAGCUAUUCUGUAUGGGCUUUGGCUUUGCAGCGUUUCUUUUUUUUGUCCUGAUCACAAGAACUACAAAACUGGACUAUGACAUCCGCCUGACCCUGACAGCAGUGUUUGGCGUAGUGGGGGGAGUUAUCCUGGUGAUGAGCUGGUGGCGCUUCGGCUCAGUUAUGUCCUGUGUCGUCGUCGUCGGUCUCAUGUUGGGGUUCCUCAUCUCCUCCAUUGUCUUCUUCACGCCUGUCGGUGACAUACAGGUGUUCCGUUCGAAUGUGGUGUUCUGGGUGACGUUCAGCUGCAUCGUGGUGGGGGUACCGCUCUUCUUUGUCCGCUGGCCAAGAGAGGGUAACAUCACUACGUGUGGUGUAGCUGGAGCCUAUGCUGUGGUGCUGGCUGUGAAUGCUUACAUAUAUACCAGCCUCUCCUACAUCACCCUUAACAUCCUCAAACGCUUCCUCAACGACAACUUCAGCAAGGCCUUUACUGAUGUGCCUUUCCAGGACAUUGAUUUCAUCAUGAUCACAGUGUGGGUGGUUCUAGGUGUGUCUGGUAUCGUGCUACAGCUCUACCGGGAACGCACACGGCCCUUCUUUCCCCCCAGCCCUUACCUCAUGUGGCUGCAAGAGCGGGAGCGCCGCAAGACCAACAUUCUGGACCCAAGCCACCACACGUCCUCACUCCCUUCCCGUCUCCUCGCCCGUGCCCGACAGCUGACUGGCAGGAGAGAGUCCGCUGGCGAGUGCACACCCCUCCUCCUUUAAACCCACUCAUUUUACCCAGCCAGGUAGACAGAUUCACCCCACUAGGAGGGUGCUAUGGGGCAUGGGCUCUCUAUCUACAGGGAAAGCACCAUUGCAUUCGGAGUCUUUCUAUUCCAGAUUAUGUAUGUUUUCAUGCCUUUGAUGAUGGUAACAGUCCAUUAAGGUAGUGUUUAUAUGCCUGGGGAGGAACUUUGUCACAAAGUGCACACAGAGAAUUUUCAAAAGAUUAUUUUCAAGCAUGAUUUGAUUCACUUCCUCAGUCUUGUGGUAUUUGGCUGCAUGUUCUUAGAGGGUACUGAGGAAGUUGUUACCGCGGCCACUUAAUAUUGUGCCAAAAUAGUUGGCCACUAUCUCCCCCAGUACAUCACAGUGCCUUUAAACAACUAGGGUUACAGCAUACCGGUAUGGGCAACAUAUGUGUUUUAGUACCACUGAAUAGCACAAGAAAAGAUUUGGAACAGUAAGAUGCAGACACAUCAUGCAGACAGUCUUUUUGAAAUGGCUUUGACAGCAACAUUUGGUAGGUAGGUAUUCAUUUUAGUGUAAAAGUAAGUAUACUUUGUUUAUCUUAAUACCACUCAAUGAAAUUGGAGGGCAUAUGUCCCGCCAGUUUUAAUGGGUAUGACACCACUGUUCUGGGUAUGCCCAUUUUGGCUCCAAUGGCUGCAAAUUGUUUUUAAUGUUUUGUCAACAUUUUCGUAUGCAAACUGUCACUUUUACAUCAUGUUCUGUAAAACUGAGGCCACUAUUUUUUUUCUAUUUACACAUAUGAACAAUUACAUUUAAGAAAUAUGAGCAAUGUUUAUAUUGAAAUAUGCAUGUGUUUUGGGGACCCUUUUUGUGAAACAGUUGUUGAAUCAAACAAUUAGUGGUAUGGGUGGGAACUUGUAGCAUAAAAUGUAUCCUCUUGAUUUCAUGGACAUGUUUGAUAGCACUCUAAAAUCAUAAACCACAAGUGGCAGGUGUAGGUGGAUCCUGAGCACUGACGUUUAUAGGAAAUGGUGAUAUAGCCAAAAUCAAAUCAAAUGUAUUUAUAUAGCCCUUUGUACAUCAGCUGAUAUCUCAAAGUGCUGUACAGAAACCCAGCCUAAAACCCCAAACAGCAAGCAAUGCAGGUGUUGAAGCACAUUGGCUAGGAAAAACUCCCUAGAAAGGCCAAAACCUAGGAAGAAACCGAGAGAGGAACCAGGCUUUGAGGGGUGGCCAGUCCUCUUCCUCUUCCGGCUGUCCCGGGUGGAGAUUAUAACAGAACAUGGUCAAGCUGUUCAAAUGUUCAUAAAUGACCAGCAUGGUCAAAUAAUAGGUCUGGGAAAGGUAGCAUGUCCGGUGAACAGGUCAGGAUACCGUAGCUGCAGGCAGAACAGUUAACUGGAGCAGCAGCAGGGCCAGGUGGACUGGGGACAGCAAGGAGUCAUCAUGCCAGGUAGUCCUGAGGCAUGGUCCGAGGGCUCAGGUCCUCCGAGAGAGAGAAAGAGAGAAUUAGAGAGAGCAUACUUAAAUUCACACAGGACACCAGAUAAGACAGGAGAAGUACUCCAGAUAUAACAAACUGACCCUAGCCCCCCGACACAUAAACUACUGCAGCAUAAAUACUGAAGGCUGAGAGGGGAGGGGUCAGGAGACACUGUGGCCCCAUCCGAUGAUACCCCUGGACAGGGCCAAACAGGAAGGAUAUAACCCCACCCACUUUGCCAAAGCACAGCCCCCCACACCACUAGAGGGAUAUCUUCAACCACCAACUUACCAUCCUGAGACAAGGCCGAGUAUAGCCCACAAAGAUCUCCGCCACGGCACAACCCAAGGGGGGUUUCCUGAAGUGUUGAGUUUAUGUUCUCUAUUGCCAGCUUUCGUUUGGUAAAGCAUUUGUGUUUCCCCUAUGACUUUUCUUUAGCAGUGGUGCAAGGGUAGCUGGGUGGGUGCAUUGCUAGUAUUGUAAGCACAAUGUCCUGCCAGCUGUUCCCAUAGACCUGCAAUCAUUGACCAAACGACUAUCCCUUUAAAAGCGCGUCUCGGCAAUUUAUUGAACCUAGGGGAAACACUAAUUUUAAGGUAGUCCAAUUUUUCUUUAGGUUAUUUCUCUCUCAUUGCCCACCCAGUAUGUGCUUUGGUAUGAAAAGCUGGCUUAUUAAUGCAUUCCCUUACCGAUGUCAGUUUUUCCUCCAAAUGUUCAGUAAUAUUGAAAUUUAAGAGAUUAUUUUCCCUCUUGUGCAAAACAACAAGGUAUCCUCAGAUGCAGUGUAAUAUCCAACCAGUGAUUUUAUGAAUACUCGCCAUUUGCACACGACAGGAUGUUGAAUUAAAAUCUGAUAGGGAAUUUAUUGAUAUUUUAUGAUUAGCAGAAUCACCUGACAGGAUUCAGAUUAGGAUUACAAUGUCAAGGAUGGGAAAGACUGAAAUGCAGGCAGAAAUGGCCAUUUCUACUUUUCUCAGUUUGCAAACCAAAACACACAGGGGUGAGGCCGACAUUGUAAAGUUAUAGCCAUUCUGUUGAAAUGCCUCACUAGGAAAUGCUUCUAUGCACUAAGAUUACUGAUGAAGCUUUCUUAAAGGUCAAGGUUACCUUUCAGUAUUUUUCACUACAGCUCUUAGGUACUUACCUUUUCAUGUGCCAUGUCUUGUUUUAAAAUGGGUUGUUUGUCUACAGCAGGGGUCCCCAAACUUUUUCCUGUGAGGGCCACAUAACUUUUCCCUUCUCUGAUGGGGGGCCGGUGUCAGUUUGUAACAGAAAAAGUGUGACGAUCGUAGGGGAGCUUAAAAAAUGUAUUGUUUUCCAGAAAGCCACACAUAACCAAAUAACCCUUUCCAGGUUCUUUACAGAAAAAAAGUCAGGAAACAAAUAAUAACACUAUUAAUGAAAUAAAUAAUAACUAAAUAACCCUCUCUGAGUUCUUCAUAGAAAAAACAGGAAAUAAAUAAUAACUAAAUAACUCUCUGGGUUCUUCAUAGAAAAAAAAGCCAUGGAACAUUAACUUUCUGUCGUGCCAUGCACAAUCUUAACAGAUAAAAGUUCAGCUCAGUUGUCAGAGCAGAAUCUCUCUGACACAUAUGAGCAGUCUCUUAAAGUUAUUGUGUUCCUUCCUUAUAAUCCUUUUGUAGGUUCCAGUAGGCUUGUAGACACCGCUGUUUGCAGCUCUCUCUCAUCAACUUCCCUGUGAAAACCACAAAAGAAGCAGGUUGAGAAACUGAACUAAGUGAUACAGCACCUACACAGCACAAUACAUUUCACUACCAGUAUGGUUGUAAAGAUGGAUUUUAUCCCAGUAGAUUUUAUGAUUAUAUUGUUUAUGCUCAGAAUGACUCAUUCAAGUCAGAAAAGUGAGCUUACCUAUGUAUGUUCAUCAGUGUGAACUGUGGGCCUGCAUCUGGCUGGUGAGAAGUUGAAUAUCAGGUUCCAUUCUAGUUACAGCCAGUCUCAAGCACUGAUGCAAAUGUUCAUCUGUCAAUCUUGAUCUCAUCGGGGUUUUCAGCAGUUUCAUGCGAGAAAAGGUUCUCGCAGAUAUACGUGCUGCCAAAAACUGUGGACAUUUUCAUUGCGUGUUUUUUGAUGUUUGGAUAUGUGUCGUUUGGGAGGGCGGCAUAGAAGUCAAUGAGACUGUUGGGCUUGAAUGCGUCUUUCAGAACAUCACAGUUCUGUAGACUCUACAGUGUUUGUUUUGUUGUGAGAAAUUUGAUAAAUUGUUUUUCCUAAAAAUCA